UGCGUUUGACUAUAUUACUUAAUAAACUUCGAUAUGCGCUUGUUUGUUACAAAUUGUUGUAAUAGUUGUAAAAUAAUUAAAUCCAAGUAGAUCUGGCUUUUUUUUUUUACCGUAUAAAACAGACCACGGCGCUCUAUUAAGCGCGCCCCCGAGAACUGCGCGCAACAGAUGUCAGACCAGGGCAGAGAGGAGGGCGCCAAAUAGGAAGAGCAGCAGACAUGUACACAGACUUCGGGGACAGUACUUUAGCCAUAACAACACCAACGAAAUGACUCUUACCCGUCUCCACUUUCACUAAUGAGUCUUCAGACCUUUUCACAUCCACACGAACCGACGACGAGGACAAUGUCGGGAGAGACGGAGGCAGAUAGUGUCUGCAUAUGGCCACGCAUGGAACCUUUUAUGCUGGGUGCCCUACAGGUGGCACCGUCUUCCAAGCUCAGCCUGCACUAUCUUCGUAAGAUGGCGGUAUAUGUAAGAACACGGGAUGGCUGCUUUCCUAUUUUGAGCUGGCAAAUGUGGAGGCAUAUUGCCUGUGGAAAGCUACAGCUUGCUGAAGACCUUGCAUGGCUCUACUUUGAAACCUUUGACCUUCUUAUUGGCCACACACCCGAGGAGAGAUUGGAGUGGGCAGAGUGUUUUUCCCAGUGCUCCACCAAAAGUGAGCUGGACCAACAAAGGAACAAGUUAUCUGUGGACACGCUGCAGUUCAUCCUCUUCCUCUACAUCCAACAACUGAACCGUGUGUCUCUGCGUAACUCUUUGAUUGGUGAAGAGUGGCCUAGUCAUCGCACUCGCUCCCCCUCUCCAUCAGAACGGGAAACUAAGACCAGCUCCCAGAAUAAGAACUGGGAUGAUCAGGCCCACCUUUCAUUUGUGCAUAGCCAUUUAGCUGAAAUUCUGGAACUGCUGGUAGAGCCAGGCCAGCUGUCACACUCUGGACAGGCCCUUCGAGACUGUCAGAUAUCUGUGGAAGCUGUCCGGAGUCUAGGCCUGCUCUUGGAAGGCUCCGUUUGCCACAGAGCCGUUCAACCUGUUCACAAACUGCUGACCAAAAGUUCACUUCAGACACAAGCUGGUUACUCCACACUCACCCGCUCCUUCCCUCUGCACAAGCUUCUGUCUUGUCUCCAAAGCAACCUCACACUGAACCCUUUUGGAAUAACUGCAUGUCUUCGGGCUGGCAAGAAACUAGCCUGGGCCCAACAAGUGGAAGGGGCAAUGAAACGAGCUAAAAUUGCACGGAAUACUCACACAGCUCCACCUGGAAGUAAGAUGGUGUUAAUGUCCCAGGUCUUCAAACAGACUCUCGCUAAAACCUCAGAAAGAUUGAUGGGUACCAACAUCAAAAUACACAGAUGCUCUGAUGCCUUCAUAUACCUACUCUCACCUCUCAGAUCAGUCAGUGUGGACAAAUGCCGGGACAGUACCGUGGUUCUGGGUCCUGUUGAGACGAGCGUCCACAUCCACAGCUGUCACAAUGUGCGAGUGGUGUGUGUUGCAGGCAGGGUAGCCAUCGGAGGCUCGUCCCAUUGCACUGUCCAUGCCUUGACGCCAACACAACCUUUGCUUCUUCCUGGAAACACAAACAUUACCCUUGGACCUUAUCAUACUUACUAUCCCACCCUUGAGGAUCAUAUGGCCAGUGUGGGUCUGGCUGUAGUCCCCAACGCCUGGGAUUGUCCUUUGCUUUUGGGGACGGAGGGCCUCAUGAACACAUCACACAAUACAACAUCCAACCCAGACUCUGCCUUCUACCGACUGCUGCCUCCAGCUGAGUUUCACACACUCGUCGUGCCUUUCCAGAUGGAGGGGGACACUUGUGAGAUUCCAGGGGGAUUGCCACCUCCAUACCAGGCAGCAGUUGAUGAAAAGCAGAAGAGGAUACACAACUGGCAGAAAACUGUGAUGGAAGCCCGAUUAAACAAGGAACAGAGGCGUCAGUUCCAGCAGCUUGUGGAAAUUAAGUUUCAUGAGUGGCUCUUGGAAACGGGUCACAGGCAAGAACUUGACAGUCUCAUCCCACCUACCAUUGCUACUUUAAAGGCCUCUGAUACAACAGACACACCCCAAGACAACGAUACCAAACACAUUAAAAAUGGAAGGGCAGUGGGACAGUCAACUGUGGCUUGUUGAAUUGUUGAUAUUCUCCUGUUAACAGCUUACACAGCAGGAUUUGUGUUCCUAUAAUAAAAAAUAGCCUAACAGUCAGCAGACCCAAUUGGUACUUGCAUAAAUAUUUGUUCAUGGUUACUCAUGUCUACUUCAUACAAGUUUGGAACCAUUAAGGUUUGCUAUCAGCCUCUGCUGUCUUGCAGCUCCCUCUGAAAAGGCAGCUACAACUAAAACAUGUGAAAGCAAAGUAGGGAGUAGACUGGCAUGUUGCAGAGCAACAUCGCAGGCAGUGGUGGUGCAGACUGUAAAAACAAAUGGGUGUAGUAUCUUUGAAGACAUUGUGAACAAACUAAAACUUUCUAUUAGUUACAGGAGGUAAAAAUUUGGUCCAUCUCAGGAGAAGGAUCAAUAUGAUGACCGUCACUGGCACUGAAAUAAAAGAUAUCAGAUGUAAAAAAAAUAAAAUAAGUUGUCUUUCUCGGGCAAAAUGUUUUUAAAACAAUAUCUUUAAGGGACUUACUAGAGGCUGUGGCUAAAUAUAUACACCCCCGGAGAAUCUGUGCUCAUUAAAAAUAUUUCUAAUAAGAGGAUAUGACACAUGAAUUUGAUGAAUGAAUGGAUGUAGAUUUUUUACUUAGGGGUAUGUAAGACAAGGUAGUGCACUGUAGUUCAGGUCUUAGGAAUGUAGUGUAUGUUACAUCAUAGUAAAUGUAAAAAAAAAAAACAACAAUCAGGUUUUCCAUCAGAGAAAAUAAUUUAUAUUUUUGUAGGUACAAGUGAUGCA